AUGCAUCAAACAGUCUGUGCUAGAGAGGAGCAAUUUACAUGUGGUCUAUAGAAAGCCUUCAAUCAGAAAUCAAAUCUUGUAAGUCACCAGAGAACUCAUACAGGUGAGAAACAAUAUAAGUGUAAUGAAUGUGGAAAAGUUUGCAAUCAUAUUUCUCACCUUGCACAACAUCAGCAAAUUCAUAUUGGAGAAAAACCUUUCAAAUAUAAUACAUGUGGCAAAGUGUUCAGCCAUAAAUCAGACAUAGCAAAUCAUCAGAAAAUCCGCAUUGGAGAGAAACAACACAAAUGUAAUGUAUGUGGCAAAGUCUUCAAAAGGAUUGCAUACCUUGCAAAUCAUCAUAGAAUUCACACUGGAGAAAAACCAUAUAAAUGUCAUGAGUGUGGAAAAGUAUUCCAUCAAAUUUCACGCCUUGCCCGACAUGGAACAGUUCACACUAGAGAGAAACCUUUCAAAUGUAAUAAAUGUGGCAAGGUCUUUAGUAACAAUUCCUACCUUGCACAACAUUUGAUAAUUCAUACUGGAGAAAAACCUUAUAAAUGUAAUGAAUGUGGCAAGGUCUUCAACCAUAUUUCACACCUUGCACAGCAUCGUAGAAUUCAUACUGGGGAGAAACCUUACAAAUGUAGUGAAUGUGGCAAUGUUUUUAGUCAUAAGUCUUCCCUUCAUCAAAGACUCCAUACUGGAGAGAAACCUUACAAAUGUAAAGAAUGUGGUAAAGGGUUUAGCCAUAAGUCAUAUCUUGCAGAACAUUUGCUAUUUCACAGUGGAAAGAAACCUUUCAAAUGUAAUAAAUGUGACAAGGUGUUCAGUUGCAAUUCCCAUCUUGUAUGUCAUCGUAGAAUUCAUACUGGAGAGAAACCUUCCAAAUGUGAUGAAUGUGACAAGGCGUUCAAUCGCAAUUCCCAUCUCAUAUGUCACCAUAGAAUUUGUACUGGAGAGAAACCUUACAAAUGUGAUGAAAGUGGAAAGGUCUUCACUCAAAAUUCAUACCUUGCAUAUCAUCGUAGAGUUCAUACUGGAGAGAAACCUUACAAAUGUAAUGAAUAUGACAAAGUAUUCAGUCUGAACUCAUCUUUAACACAUCAUCAAAAAAUUCAUACUGAAGAGAAACCUUAAAAAUGCAAUGAAUGUGGCAAAGUAUUCAGUCUAAACUCAUCUCUAGCACAUCAUUGGAAAAUUCAUACUUGACCAAAUCCUUUGAAAUGUAAUGAAUGCGCCCAAAUCUUUAGUCAAAUUUGACAGCUUGUGUACCACAGCACUCACUGGGA